AUGUCGGCUCGAUCAUUAGAUAUCCUGUUAUUGACGAUUUCAGAGAUGCUGCUGUACAUGUCAAGAGAAUGGCAGAACUUGAGAAGAUCAGUGCUCCCACCGCCCAGCUACUCCGAGACUGGACAGGUUACAAAGACGAAUACUAGGCCGGAUACGACAGAGUGUUUGGUGCCGGCUCUUGGACUAGUGCGCGAUACCUCACGAGGCCGAACACACAUCAUAUAUCAGGAAGUCGAGCACGUCCCGUCCGCAAAGAAUCCGCUCGACAAGUUCAGGUCCACAAGAAUCGGAGUUUUCAAGCAAGAAGAUGUCUGGAAAGACCUUGAAUCCCGAUUGGGUCCAGAUUCUGGCGAUGCGAAGAUGCAUAUCCGUGAGAUGCUCAAGGAGUUCGAUACUGGACCUGGGAAAGAGCGGGUCGGCCGCAAAGCGCACGUUCCCAUCUUUAAUCUGAUGUUCUCGUCCAAAAACAAAGUCGACGUAUAUCUUAGGAUGUGUGAAAUUACGCAAAGGGAUUUAGUGCUCAUACGACCCAAACCGGACUGGAGGCGGUUUGUGAAUGUGAAAGGAGAACCUUCUAUUCACAUCCAGUUAUGCGACGGCAAGAUUCCGGAUGCAGAAUUUAUCUUUUGA